UAGUACUUCCGGGAGUCUCUGUCAUGUCCUUCCCAUAAUAACAUUGUAUAAUGGUUCCUCCAGGUUUCAUAAGUCCGACAUUAUAAUUAGUUCUAUUCUAGAUGAAGUCCUGUGGUGUGUCCCUCGUCCAUGGUGUAUGCUGUAGCGUUUCAUAACCCAUACUAAGAUGUCUCUGCCAUGGAGGGUAUUCAGAAAAGCAUCACCUGGAUUAAGGUCAAUCUCAGUUUCUGCAAACCUUCUGAUGAACUUUGUCCCUUCUACUAGCAGCAUUGAUGCCAAUUUAGUGGACAGAUUACAACAUUUUGUGUCCCAGGCCAGUCGUCUGUUCGUCAUCAGUGGUGCAGGUCUCUCUACUGAGUCAGGGAUCCCGGACUAUCGAUCCGAGGGUGUGGGCCUUUACGCCCGCACUGACCGACGUCCCAUGCAAUACAAGGAGUUUGUUGGCAGUGCCAAGUCUCGACAACGCUACUGGGCCAGGAACUACGUAGGCUGGCCCCAGUUCUCCAGUCACAAACCCAACGCAGCCCACAGGACCCUGCGGCGGUGGGAAGAGGCUGGGAAGCUGCACUGGCUCGUCACUCAGAACGUGGACUCUCUUCACUCCAAGGCCGGGCAGAGGAGACUGACCGAGCUCCAUGGCUGUGCUCACAGGGUGAUAUGUCUCGGCUGUGGCACAGUCUCGCUGAGGGAAGAGCUCCAGAGGCGAUUCGAGGCCCUGAACCCCGAGUGGAGAGCGCAGACGUUGGGUGUGGCUCCUGACGGAGACGUGUUCUUGGAGGACGAGCAGGUCCUCCACUUCAGAGUCCCUUCCUGCACCGCCUGCAGCGGUACCCUGAAGCCCGAGGUGACCUUCUUUGGGGACAAUGUGAGCAAAGCCACGGUACAGCUGGUGCACGACAGACUGGCCGAGUCCGAUGCCAUGCUCGUCACUGGGUCCUCGCUGCAGGUUUAUUCUGGAUACCGGUUCUUGCUGGCAGCAAAGGAGAGGUGCAUUCCGAUCGCCAUCCUGAACAUUGGGCCGACGCGGGCGGACCACUUGGCAGAGCUCAAAGUCAGCGCUCGCUGUGGCGAGGUGCUGUCAAUUCUGCAGCCUCUUUGACACAUGACCCCAACAUGGACUCAAACCUUUAAUAGGUCAACAGGUUUUGAAAGUGGACAAAGUGGCGACACAACCAAGUGGGGAAUCUUUAUUAAUUGGUGGGUCUUGCAAGCUUUCCUUUUUCACAAUGAAGACUUACUCGUAGGCUAAAUGAUUAGGUCUUUUGUAAUAACAUGAAAAAAAUAAUGCAGGUUGAAUGUGUUAUCAAAUGAAGGUAUUCAUUAUGCUGCAGUGUUUUAAGUUUCCUCUACACAAUCUUCCAUGUUGAGUCAAGUGGUUGGGUUAGUCACAUUAAAAAAAAUAAUAAUUCAA